CAGGUUAUGCCCAUAAUGCACCGCGCUAUGGAAUUGUUGCACAUUAUAAACAAAACGGUGGCUGCCGGAGAAUGUGACAAAAUGGCUACUACCCAUGUAAUUAAACAUUUCAAUGAAAACAAUGAAGUCGGCGACAUAAUCAAUCGCGUCAUUAAGAUAUGCAGAGAUGAUAUCGCUUUAGAAUCUGACUUGGAAAGACUAACUGUUAUUCUAGAUGAAUAUCAAGAGCAGCCUCAUUUGCUAGAUCCAUACUUAGAAGAAAUAAUUUGCAGUUGCCUGGACACUGUAAAAGACAAAGAAACCCCAGAAGAAGCCUUUCACCAAACCUUUAGAUACCUCUAUUUGAUUUGCAAGACAAGAGGAGCAAAGUAUGUUUUAAGAUUUUUCACACAUGAGGUGGCUGAUAUGGAACCUGUCCUGCAUUCUCUAUCUCAGCAGAACAUUCAUGAUUUUAAGACAUGGCAGACACGGUAUUGUUUGUUGCUAUGGCUGUCAAUCAUUUGUAUGAUUCCUUUUGACCUGGUCAGAUUUGAUGGAUCAUCAAAUGAAAAUGGAAACGGCAUAAUAGAUUCCAUCCUUAGCAAUGUCAAGAAAUUCAUUUCUGUUGCUGAUAAAUCAAGAGAUGCUGCAGCUUACCUUCUUGCCAAAUUUCUUUCACGCCCUGAUGUUAGAAAGUUGCACCUUUCAGAAUUUCUACAUUGGUGCAUUGAUGUCAUAAUGAGGGCCAAUUACACUGCGUCAAUGGAAGGCUUAAAUUCAGUCUAUGGCAGUUUAUCAGUCCUUUGUUAUAUUUUUAAACACGGGAGUAGAGAGGACUUGUUAGUUCAUGCUGUUGACAUAUUUAGGAAAAUAGAAGAAAAAGAAUUUGCUUACACAUUCGACAUUCUUUUGAAAAAGCUUACCACCAAAGUUGUCCAGCGACUUGGCCUUUGCCUUUUGAAACCAAGACUAGCGCCGUGGAGAUAUCAAAGAGGAAAUAGAUCUCUGCUUCAUAAUCUUCAAAACCCCUACAACAAUGCUCAAUGUCUUUCAGGAAAAGGACAGGGUGUUGAUGACGAUGGAGGCUGCGAAGAGGAGAACUACGAGGUACCAGAAGAUAUUGAGCAAAUCCUCCAGCACAUGCUUUUUGCACUGAAAGAUAAAGACACAGUAGUUCGAUGGUCUGCGGCAAAAGGGAUCGGAAGAAUAUGUGGCCGAUUGCCAAAAGAUUUAGCUGACGAUGUUAUCGGGAGUGUUCUGGAGUUUUUCAAUCCAAUGGAGCCGGAUACAGGCUGGCACGGGGGGUGUCUUGCGUUAGCAGAACUUGGAAAAAGAGGCUUGCUUUUGCCUGAGCGAUUACCUGAAGUGGUUCCAUUGAUUUUAAAGGCCCUUGUGUUCGACGAGAGGCAUGUCAGUUAUAGUUCAGGCGCAAAUGUGCGUGAUGCUGCUUGCUAUGCAUGUUGGGCAUUUGCAAGGGCAUACGAGCCCAAGGAACUAACUUCUCACGUUACAAAAAUAGCCAGUGCCCUGGUCAUCGUGUCCUUGUUUGACAGAGAACCAAACUGUCGUCGUGCUGCUUCGGCAGCUUUUCAGGAGCACGUUGGCCGACAGGGCACUUUUCCUCAUGGCAUAGAUAUUCUCACAACUGUUGAUUACUUUUCCGUUGGAAAUAUCACAAACUGUUACAUCAAUCUCAGUGUUUUCGUCGCCAAAUUUCCAGAGUAUACACAAGCAAUCAUUGACCAUUUGGUUGAUUACAAAGUUUGUCAUUGGGACAGGAACGUCCGUCAAUUAGCAUCGCAGUCUCUUGCGAAGUUAACAGCUGUAUCACCUCAUUACAUGAAGUGCAACGUUUUUCCAAGUAUCCUUUUGCUGAUAAAUUCAACGGAUUUGAAUACAAGACAUGGUGCCUUGCUUGCAGUCGCAGAAGUCGGCGAGGCUAUCUAUUCCGUUUGUGCCGAUAAGAGUGGCUUGUUAGAUGGUGAAAGUUUACAUCGAAUAGAGAAUAUCGUAUCUUUUUUAAAGGAAAACAACUAUUUCAACGGCCUGGAGGGCGACUUCAUGAGAACCGCAGAAUCUAGCUGUGAGGAGGGAGGAAAGGAUGAUAGUAGUAAGUAA